AUGGCAAAGGCUCCUGUAGCCACCUGUAUGAUCCUGGCAGAGCCCACGUUCAUUCAUAUGGAUCUUGUACAGGACAGUGACACGAGCGCUGACAAAAUUUAUGUGUUCUUCACCGAAACAGCUGUUGAAUUUGAAUUCUAUGACAAGCUCCUGGUGUCGCGCGUGGCUCAGAUCUGCACAGGUGAUCUUGGUGGGAAGCGCAUGCUGAGAAAACGAUGGACUUCGUUUUUGAAGUCCACCCUUGCCUGCUCUGUCCCGGAAUCAGAUUUCCAGUUCAACGUCCUUCAGGAUAUAUUUGUGCUGAAGACCACCAAAAGGCACCAGACCAUAUUUUAUGGGCUUUUUACCCAGCAAUGGGGAAAGUUGGACAUUUCGGCCAUUUGCAUAUUCAGGAUGCAAACAGUUCAAGACACCUUCCAGAAAGGAAGCUUCAAAGGCCCUCUGGCCAUGGAGGAUUCCCACACGAAAUGGGUGGUAUACCGGGGAGACAUCCCCACCCCUCGUCCUGGUGCUUGUGUCGGCCUUUCUGCCCAACGCCAGGGAUACAACUCUUCCCUUGACCUGCCGGACAGAGUCCUUCAGUUUGCCAGUGACCACCCUCUGAUGGACAGCACGCUGACCCCCAUUGGCCAAAGGCCAGCUUUGUUGCAGAGAGGUGCAAAGUACACAAAGCUUGUGGUGGACCGAACCAGCAGCCUAGAUAAUGAAACAUAUGACAUUCUUUUCAUAGGGACAGGGCCUCUUGUACGCGGCGUCUCCCUCCCAGCUAGUGCAGCUCCCGGU